UUAGGACUCCUCCCCUUCGGACCGGGAGGGGCUGCACCUAUUAUUUAUAGUAGCAGAAGAAUAGGAAGGUGCUAGUAUUGGGUUUUCGUCAGGGAGACAAUCGCCUGCUAAGCUGCAACAAUCGUCUUGGGCAGUCGCCUGAAGGAUUCAAAAUAUAGAAGAACUAAAAGAAGAUCACACAGACCAGCUCACUGGAUUUCUCCAUGGAUGCCAACAACGAUAAUAACAGCUCCAAGAGCCAGAACCAACAACUGGAGGGUGAAGAUAGGCUCAGCACACUGACUGAUGAUAUCUUACUCUCUAUCUUGGGGAGACUCACUGCACAUAUGGCUGCAAGGACAAGUGUGCUCUCUACACGGUGGAUGCAUCUUCCUUGGUUGCUGCCUGAGCUCAGCAUCAAUGUCAAGGAAUUCCUAUCUGGUCCAUGCUCUGACCCUGCUGAGGAAAAUGAUAUGGAUCAAGCUAUGGCAUCGUUAACAAAUGCGACCAGGAGUUUCUUGGCUAAACCACGGAAAGGAUCGAGCAUUUGGAGGCUGAACCUUCAGCUAUACUUGAUCAACACUUUCUUAUGUGACAUUGGCCCACUCCUAGGUGAUUCAGUCAAUAGUGAUUUGUUGAAAGAUUUGGAUCUCACCAUUCAUGACGAGACAGAUCCUCUCGACCGUAGUGAGGAAGAUAUGAUACAGCGAGCCCAGGAAAUGGAUGGUUUUUUCACUGCAUACCCUGCUGUGCUCCGUUGCCUCACAAGACUCUGUCUAUAUAAUGUAUGCUUUGGAAAAUUGGACAUCAACCAUAUCUUGUCUGACUGCUGCAAGCAACUAAAGCACCUAGUCCUCUUUCAUUCUGAUAGUGGAGAAUGCACUCCGUGUAAGAUAGAUGCGCCAAACUCAAAACUAACUGUUCUAGAAAUCAACACGGGUCGCUUUGAGAAGCUUGAGUUGGUCUGUCUUCCAAAACUGGAGAGGCUCGAAUGGAAUACUUGGUUGUCUGUAUAUGCACCCUUGUCGUUUGGUUUUGUCCCAUCUCUUGGGGAAUUGAAACUAUCAAAUGGUAGACCAGCUUCUCAUCGAGGGUUUAAAUUAAGUGAGGUUCUAGAUGGAGCCACAAGCAUUCAUACUCUGACAUUGGAUUUCCAAGGAGAAAACGUAUGGGACCAUGCAUGUGAAGACAAUGCGAACGUAAGGUCGACAUUCCCCGAAAGAAGAAAUCCUUGGUGGGAGGUGGAUUUCCGCAGCUCCAAGAACUUGCUAUUGAAAGAGCUCCAGUUCAUUGGCUUUGCGUCAUUUGAACAUCAGUUUACAUUUAUAAGAGCUUUGCUGGAGCGGGCUCCGAAAUUGCAGACAAUAGUUCUGAAACCAAACGAACAAUGUGACGAAUGUGACGCCCUUGGUACACUGCCGCUGUCUUUAUUAUUUCCAAAGGAAAAGGGUGGACAAGAAAAGGUGGCCAGCCGAAUAACAGAUGGCAUAUUCUCACCCCAGAUAAUUUUUGGUGAAUAA